AUGAUGAUGAGAGAUCAUCAAUAUGGAGAAGCAUCGUCUCUCUCACGUUCUCCUUCCUCUCCUUUGCAAACAUCAUUGAAUCAUCACUCUCCGAACUCCCACCGGAAUCGCAAUCUCUUUCCCGGUGACUCGUCUUCCAGGUUCUCUCUCCGAUCCCCGUCUCCGAGUUACUUCUCAAACGGAUUUUGUUGUUCCGAUGAUGGUUCCUCUCAAUUCGCUUCUCCUCCCUUCGAUGGAAUCAUGACGAAGCAUUAUUAUUUGAGUGAUCACGAUUUGGGUUUAUGGGAAAGUCUCCAUCGUUUGAACAUCAGAGACGAACAAGUAGAGAAGACCCAUCACCAGAAUCUGGGAUUUCGAUUUGGAGUUUCCUCUGCUUUUGGUGACUCUGUUCGACCAAUCGUUCAUCGUAAAAUAGCAUUGUUUGAAAUCCAGGGAUAUGUUUACUUGAUGGCUAAAGAUCAACAUGGAUGCAGAUACUUGCAGAGGAUCGUUGAAGAUGGGACUGUUUUAGAUGCUAUGAUCAUUUUCAAUGAAGUGAUUCCUCAUGUUGUUGAGCUUAUGAUGGAUCCUUUUGGGAAUUACUUGAUUCAGAAACUAUUACAUGUUUGCAAUGAACAACAAAGAACACAGAUCAUACUCACGGUUACUUCAGAGCCUCGACAGCUUAUUCGAAUAUCCCUCAACGCUUACGGUACUCGAGUUCUUCAGAGAUUAGUGGAAUCAAUCAAAACAAGGAACCAAAUUUCUAUGGUGAAGUCAGCUCUGAGACCUGGAUUUCUAACUCUCAUUAGGGAUUUGAAUGGGAAUCAUGUAAUUCAACGUUGCUUGGAGUGCCUUAGUACCGAAGAUAACCAGUUCAUAUUUGACAAUGCUACAAAGUUCUGCAUUGAUAUCGCGACACAUCGACAUGGAUGCUGUGUGCUACAAAAGUGCAUUGCUUAUUCCACUGGUCAGCGACGAGAGAAGCUCAUAACUGAAAUCUCUAGAAACAGUCUCUUCCUUGCUCAAGACCCUUACGGGAACUACGCAGUCCAAUUCGUUAUAGAACUAAGGGAGUUUUCAGCGAUUUCCAUGGUGCUCGCGCAGUUAAAAGGGCAUUAUGUAGAGCUUUCGAUGCAGAAAUUCAGUAGCCAUUUGGUGGAACGAUGCUUAACGCAUUGUCCAGAAAGCCGUCCUCAAAUCGUGCUUGAACUCAUCUCUGUUCCGCAUUUCGACCAUCUAAUUCAAGACCCUUAUGCCAAUUUUGUUAUCCAAGCUGCUCUUGCUGUCACCAAGAGCUUCAAUGGAAACCGACGAGAUCACACAAAAAAAAGGAAGAGGGUUGUGGCAACACCAACUUUGGUUUAUGAUCUUUGUGCUAGCAGUGUACAAAUCAUUAGCCACAAAGCAUUUGAAGCAGAAAUUUGUAAAUUACCGAAGAUUGUGAAAGCCUCACUUGUUGCUCCAAGGAUUAUUGCCCCACCUCCAAUGAACGGUAGCAGUCUACAGAUGAUUACUCGCGAAGAAUUUGAAGAUGUUGUUUACAAAUCACCUACUUCGAAUACCUUCGGUCGUCCUCCAUUGUCUCGUUCUUUCAAUCUUGGCGAGGGUUCAUACUGCUGGGGUUAUAUCCUAGCUACAAAUAAUGGAGAUGCAGAAGGUAAUGAUUUUCCUUCCAAAAUGGCGAUCAAAUGUGCACCGGUAACAAUUUCUUCAAGUCUUAUCAAUGAGGAACGAAUCCUCAUCGGUCUUUCAUAUCCAUAUGUUGUAUGUUGCUACGGAAGCAAAACAAUGACGGCUAGAACUCGACUCGGCAACAGCUAUUUCAAUUUGAUCCUUGAAUAUUGUGAAGGAGGAAGUAUUGCAGAUUUUCUUAAAAAUUAA